CAGACGCAGUCUCCGGAUUUUCCGAGACGUCCAAAUGGAAAGCGCCCCGGGCGUCGCCGUGCAAUUUGCUCCUCCAGCUUGCUAGCUGCAUCCAUCUCCUUCCAUCCAUCCAUCCAUCCAUCGAUCAAGCUGUAUCACAUCGACUCAAUUGCGAUUGCGCAUCGUCUCCUUCCUGCAAAGCCCGAACUGCUAGCUUCCAACGCCACAUUCCUGUCGUCACUAUAUACUACUCGUAGCUCCGUGCACACUGCACCUUCGCUUAACGGUUUUUGUCGCGGCAGUUCGCGCUGUCGCCAACGAUCCCUCUGGCUUCGUUCGCCUCUGCGGCGCGCUUGCACCGAGUAGCUAGCUGCCUACAUACCGAGCUGGUCCUGUACCGUGCUGUGCGCCGUCGUCUCGCCGAUCGCCGGCCGGCAAUGCGGCGGCCGCUCGACGGUGUCGGCGCGGUCCUCCUCGUCGCCGCGCUGUGGUGCUCCGCUCUCGUCCCCCACGCCGCGCCGGACCUCGUGGCGGACCGCGCUGCUCUGCUCGCUUUCCGGGCCGCGGUCGGCCCGCGGCUACCCUGGAACGCGUCCGCGGCAUCCCCGUGCGGGUGGCGCGGCGUCAGGUGCGAUGCCGCCGGCCCGCGCGUCGUCGCGCUAAGGCUCCCCGGGGCCGGCCUCUCCGGUCAGUUGCUGACCGGGACCGUCGGCAAUCUGACGGCGCUACGGUUGCUCUCGCUUCGCCUCAACUCGCUGUCCGGCGAGAUCCCCGCCGACAUCGGGAGCUGCGCGGAGCUCAGGUACUUGUACUUCCAGGGCAACCAAUUCUCCGGCGAGAUACCGAAGGGGUUCUUCGAGAUCCGUUUGCUGCAGCGGCUUGACCUCUCGAAUAACCGGAUCGCCGGCGAGGUCUCGCCAGAGUUCAACAAUCUCCGGCGGCUCGCCACUCUGUACUUGGAGAACAACAGCCUUAACGGCACCCUACCGGCGGACCUUAACCUCCCGAAGCUUCAGCUGUUCAACGUGUCCAACAAUAACCAGCUCACCGGCCCCGUACCCGCGUCGCUUGCCCGGAGGCCAGCGAGCGCCUUCGGUGGGACUGGGCUCUGUGGCGGACCGCUUAGCCCAUGUUCGAACCCCCCGCCGCCAUCUCCAUAUCCGCCGCCAACGCCACCCUUGCCGCCGCCGUCUCCUCCGGCCGCUGGUAAUGGCAGCAAGAGCGGAAAGCUCUCAGGCGGUGCAAUCGCCGGCAUCGCUGCGGGUUCCGUCGUGGCGUUCUUGGUGUUGAUCGCCGUGAUCUUUUUCCUCUGCUUCCGGUGUCAGAGGACAAAGGCUGACAGGUCCGCGGAGAUGACAGCCGACGUCGACGUGGACGGGUCUCCGGUGUCGGUCACCGUGGCGAGUGUGCACAAGAGUGGCCCGAAGCGGUCGCGCUCCUCGCAGACCGUGGCCGGCAACGCCAAGAAGCUCGUGUUCUUGGGAGGCGCGCCGGAUACGCCGUACGAUCUGGAGUCUCUGCUUCACGCGUCGGCCGAGGUGAUCGGGAAGGGCUGGCUGGGCACGACGUACCGCGCCACGCUCGAGGGCGGCACCGCCGUCGUGGCCGUCAAGAGGCUCAGGGAGGCGCCCAUCCCCGAACGGGAGUUCCGUGACAAGGCGGCCGCGCUUGGCGUGCUCCGCCACGAGAACCUGGCGCCGCUGCGCGCCUACUUCUACAGCAGGGAGGAGAAGCUCCUUGUCUACGACUUCGUUGGCGCCGGAAGCCUCUGCUCCCUUCUCCACGGCAACAACGGCGCAAGCCCGGCGCGCCUCGACUUCACAGCGCGGGCGCGCAUCUCACUCGCGGCCGCGCGCGGCGUCGCGUUCAUCCACGGCGCCGGCUCCGGCUCGUGCCACGGCAACAUCAAGUCAUCCAACGUCCUCGUCACCGACGCGCGCGACGGAGCAUACGUGACCGACCACGGCCUCGUCCAGCUCGUCGGUGCACACGUGCCGCUCAAGCGUGUCACCGGGUACCGCGCCCCGGAGGUCAACGACCCGCGCAGGGCGUCUCAGGAGGCGGACGUGUACAGCUUCGGCGUGGUGCUCCUCGAGCUGCUCACAGGUAGACCGCCCGCAAACUCCGUGCCCAUGAGUGACGGCGUGGACCUGCCGCAGUGGGUGCGCACGGUGGUGCAGGAAGAGUGGACGGCCGAAGUGUUCGACGCCAGCAUUGCCGUCGAGGAGCGCGUCGAGGAGGACAUGAUGCGGCUGCUGCAGCUGGCCACGGACUGCACCGAUGAGCGGCCAGAGCGGCGGCCUGCAAUGGCUGAGGUGGCGGCGAGGAUUGAGCACAUUGUCGAGAGCGCGCUCCGGAAGGCCGACAUGGACGAUGACUUCCAUAGCAUUUCACCUUGACCUGUCAGAGCGAUCGGUCUCAGAGAUUCUUUUCUGUUAUCUUCUGUUCGUGGAUGCAAAUUGUGAAACGAUGUUAAUCUUCAAAAUGUU